CCGCCGCGCUCGCCCCGCCGCUUUCCGGCCAGCGACCGUCCCGUCAGGAGGGAAGGAAUCUGCUGUUGAAGUUCAGCGAUUUCGUCAAGACUGACCACACUCCCGACAUGGAUCACGUGGAUCACAUGGAUCACAUGAAUCACAUGAAUCACACCACACCACCUCCCCAUCACAUGCCGACGACAGGAGGUGGGGGACACAUGAUGAUGCCCAUGACCUUCUAUUUUGGCUUUAGAGAUGUGGAGCUGCUCUUUUCUGGCCUUAUGAUCAACACUGCUGGAGAAAUGGCCGGGGCUUUCAUAGCCGUGUUCUUGCUAGCCAUGUUCUACGAGGGUCUGAAGAUAGCCCGUGAGAGCCUGCUCCGCAAGUCCCAAGUCAGCAUCCGCUACAAUUCCAUGCCUGUGCCGGGGCCAAAUGGGACCAUCCUCAUGGAGACACACAAAACAGUUGGGCAGCAGAUGCUGAGCUUCCCUCACCUCCUGCAGACCAUACUGCAUAUCAUCCAGGUGGUCAUCAGCUACUUCCUCAUGCUCAUCUUCAUGACCUACAAUGGCUACCUGUGCAUUGCCGUGGCAGCCGGGGCUGGAACCGGCUACUUCCUCUUCAGCUGGAAGAAGGCAGUGGUGGUGGACAUCACAGAACACUGCCAUUGAUUGCUGACAAUAGGGUGGGGCCUCAGCUGCCGUGGGAAGCAGUAAACAAGCAGGGGUGAUAGGGUACAGGGGAGAGUAUAUCUUUACCUUUCCUGUCUGCCCCUGCAUACGCUCAUAUACACACAUACAUACACAUCGUAACAAGGGGGCUCUGCCACCCACCUCCAAUUUGGGCCAGUGCCAAUCCCAGACUGACUCCUGCUGCUGGGCCUUGGGCCAGGAUUCCCCACCCUUCACCCAGGGGGUCGGGGCAAGAAGUCACACUCAUCCUAGAUCCAGGUUUUGUUCUUCAUUUUUCCUUAAUCAAGGUAGCCUUAUGUUCUAAUGACUACACUGCCCUUUUAAUCUUUUUUUUUUAACAGACAGUGGGUGGUGUUUUUAGCCAGAGGUGGCAGGAGAUAGACCUGGGAGAGUGAUGGAAGUCGGGAGAAACGUCUGCCCACCCUGUGCCCUGAGCCAAUACCUGUCCUUAGUUGAAACGCUGUAGAAAAUGUCUCCCUAAUGGAGAGCUCGGUGAAACGGGCAAACUUGUCCUGUCUGUGAGGCGUGAUUCUGGGAAUAGGAGAUAGGAUAGGUGAGAGACUCCGUAAAGUGUGUAGCAUGUAACACUGUUCUCUUGGGCAAUCUCAGGCCAGAUCAUCAAGUCCCAUUCCCACCUGCCUGCCUCUUGGUAUGAUCAAUCGUCAAAUGUAUUGACAAUCGACUACGGGAAAUAGUAACAGAAAACUUUUUAAAUAAACUGUUGACAUUGUUCA